UCAACACAGACAGCAGGCAUUUAGGGAACCGACCUACCCACGCACAUUUUUGCAAAGGACAAAAGUCAGGCAGGAGCAUAAGGGAGUGGAGCCAGGAGAAACCACCGCUUGGACCUGCCCACCCAGGCAGGCAGAGCACACACAGGAGCUGAAGUUCUGCGAGACGGUGAUCCUGGGGUGUGGGACCUGCAGGUGGACUUCCGACGCCAAAUUCGCUAGAAACAAUGCAAAUCGGGAACAGGCAUGGCCCCCUCCCCCGCCCGUUAAGGGGAAGCUGUGGUCAAAAGCUUUUUGUUCCGCAACUGCGCUCCUCAGAUCCUGGGCGCACCGCCUCGACUGUGGUCUCCGUCCUCUGAGCUGCGCUUUCUAGUGACUUGGAUUUUCUUCCCGCGAACGUCGGGUUCCUAGAGGUGCCCGGGGAAGAUGGGAGCCGGAUCUCCGAGGAGCCCCGAGCCUCCGUGGCCGCCAGCGCCCUCUCCCUCCGGCUCCAGAGGAGCCCUCCUGGCGGUGCUCAUGCUGCUCGCGCUGCCGGCUGCCUGGGGUCAAUGCCAAGCCCCGCCAUAUCUUCCAUCUGCCAUGCCCACAAGUUGGACUGAUGAGGUUGAGUUUCCCAUUGGAACAUCUUUGCGGUAUAAAUGCCGCCCUGGUUACCAGGGGAGAGGUUUCUCUAUCAUCUGCCUAAAAAACUCAGUCUGGUCAAGCCCUGCAACCUGUACCCGUAAAUCAUGUGGAACUCCUUCCGAACCCACAAAUGGCAAAAUGGAAAUAACUGGAGAAGGCAAGUUUGGAUCAAGAAUUAAUUAUUCUUGUAAUGAAGGAUACCAACUCAUUGGUGAAGCAACUAAUUAUUGCGCCAUCGUAGGCAAUACUGUCGCCUGGGAAAAUCAAGUACCUGUUUGUCAGAUUAUUCAAUGUAAGACACCACCAACCAUCGCCAACGGAGAUUUUGUUGACAACAGCGGAGACUUUUUUCCAUACGGAAUAGUGGUGACCUACCGCUGCAAUGACAGAAAAGGAAGGGAAAAGUUUGAACUCGUGGGCGAAAAGUCAAUAUAUUGCACCAGCAAAGAUCAAGUGGGCCUCUGGAGCGGCCCUGCCCCUCAGUGCAUCGUACCUAAUAAGUGCACGCCUCCGCACGUUGAAAAUGGAAUAAGGGAGUCUGAGAACAGAAGCUUGUUCUCCUUAAAUGAAAUCGUGAGGUUUAGGUGUCAGCCUGGCUUUGUCAUGAAAGGCUCCUCCAGUGUGCGCUGCCAGGCCCAAAACAGAUGGGAGCCCGAGUUGCCCAGCUGCUCCAGGGUUUGUCAGCGGCCUCCAGGAAUCCUGCAUGGCCAGCACAGCCCCAGCGACAAGGACAGCUUUUCCCCUGGGCAGGAGGUGCGCUACAGCUGUGAGCCCGGCUAUGACCUCAGAGGGGCCGCCUCCCUGCGCUGUACGCCCCAGGGGGACUGGAGCCCGGCCGCCCCCACAUGCGCAGUGAAAUCAUGUGCUGCCUUCCGGGACCGACUUCCUAAUGGCCGUGUGCUCUCUCCACUUACCCUCGAGCUUGGAGCCAAAGUGUCCUUCGUUUGUAAUGAGGGAUUCCAUCUACAAGGCAGCUCUGCCAGCCAUUGUGUCUGGGUGGGAAUGGAGAGCCUCUGGAAUAGCAGUGUCCCUGUGUGUGAACAAAUCCUAUGUCCAAAUCCUCCAGAUAUUCCUAAUGGAAGACACACAGGAAAACCUCUGGAAAUCUUUUCUUUUGGAAAAGAAGUAACUUACACAUGUGAUCCCCAACCAGACAGAGGGACGACCUUCAGUCUCAUUGGGGAGCGCACCAUCCGCUGCACAAGUGACAGUCGAGGGAAUGGGAUCUGGAGCGGCCCUGCCCCUCGCUGUGGACAUCCGGGUUACUGUAAUGCUCCAGAUCAUUUUCAAUUUGCUGAGUUGAAAACCCAAACCAAUGAAUCUGCAUUUCCUAUUGGGACAUCUUUAAAGUAUGAAUGCCGGCCUGAGUACUACAGGAGGACAUUCUCUAUCAGGUGUCUACACAACUUGGAGUGGUCAGGUCCCCAGGAUGUCUGUAAACGUAAAGUAUGUAAAACCCCUGCAGAGCCUAUGCAUGGGAUGGUGCACAUAGACACAGACAUCAGCCUUGGAUCCAGAAUUAAUUAUUCUUGUAAUACAGGGUAUCAACUCAUUGGUGACUCAUCUGCCAAAUGUAUCAUCUCAAACAAUACUGCCAUUUGGGAUACAGAGCCACCACUCUGUCAACGUAUUCAUUGUAAGCCACCACCAACCAUCGCCAAUGGAGAUUUCAGUAGCAACAGCAGAGACUAUUUUCCAUACGGAAUAGUGGUGACCUACCGCUGCAAUGACAGAAAAGGAAGGGAAAAGUUUGAACUCGUGGGCGAGAUGUCAAUAUAUUGCACCAGCAAAGAUCAAGUGGGCCUCUGGAGCGGCCCUGCCCCUCAGUGCAUCGUACCUAAUAAGUGCACGCCUCCGCACGUUGAAAAUGGAGUAAAGGAGUCUGAGAACAGAAGCUUGUUCUCCUUAAAUGAAAUCGUGAGGUUUAGGUGUCAGCCUGGCUUUGUCAUGAAAGGCUCCUCCAGUGUGCGCUGCCAGGCCCAAAACAGAUGGGAGCCCGAGUUGCCCAGCUGCUCCAGGGUUUGUCAGCGGCCUCCAGGAAUCCUGCAUGGCCAGCACAGCCCCAGCGACAAGGACAGCUUUUCCCCUGGGCAGGAGGUGCGCUACAGCUGUGAGCCCGGCUAUGACCUCAGAGGGGCCGCCACUCUGCGCUGUACGCCCCAGGGGGACUGGAGCCCGGCCGCCCCCACAUGCACAGUGAAAUCAUGUGCUGCCUUCCUGGACCAACUUCCUAAUGGCCGUGUGCUCUCUCCACUUACCUUCGAGCUUGGAGCCAAAGUGUCCUUCGUUUGUGAUGAGGGGUUUCAUUUACAGGGAAGUUCUUCUAGUCACUGUGUCAGGGUUGGAACGAAGAGCCUUUGGAAUAACAGUGCUCCUGUGUGUGAACAAAUCUUUUGUCCAGAUCCCCCUGCUAUUCUUAAUGGAAACCACAUAGGAACUUCUCUCCGAGACAUUCCCUAUGGAACAGAAAUAUCUUAUACAUGUGACUCCCACCCAGACAGAGGGAUGACCUUCAGUCUCAUUGGGGAGCGCACCAUCCGCUGCACCAGUGACGGUCAAGGGCACGGGAUCUGGAGCGGCCCUGCCCCUCGCUGUGAACUUUCUGGUCCUGCUGGUUACUGUAAAGCUCCAGACCCAUUUCUGUUUGCCAAGCCUACAACCCUAACUGAUGAGUCUGAGUUUCCAGUGGGGACAUCUUUGAGCUACAAAUGCUCCCCUGGGUAUUUUGAGAAGAUGUUCUCUAUCACCUGCUUAGAAAAUUUGGUUUGGUCAAAUGUGGAAGAUGUCUGUAGACGAAAAUCAUGUGGAUCUCCACCAAAACCUUUCAAUGGCAUGGUGCAAAUAAACACAGAUACUUACUUUGGAUCAACAGUGAAUUAUUCGUGUAAUGAAGGGUAUCGACUCAUUGGCUCCGCAUCUGCUGCUUGUAACCUCUCAGGCAAUAGCGUCACUUGGGAUCAGGAGGCGCCUGUCUGUGAAAGGAUAUCUUGUGAGCCACCCCCAGCCAUAUUCAACGGAGACUUCUACAGCAGCAAUAGAAAUGUUUUCCAAUAUGCAACACGGGUAACUUACCGAUGUCGCACUGGGCCGAAUGGAGAAAAGCUGUUUGACCUCAUGGGAGAACAAUUUCUAUAUUGUAUCAGCAAAGAUGGUCAACUUGGUGUUUGGAGCAGCCCUCCUCCUCAGUGUAUUUCUGCUAAUAAAUGCACAAUUCCAGAAGUUGAAAAUGGGAUUAGAGCAUCAGGAAAUAGGAGUUUAUUCUCUUUAAAUGACAUGGUGAGAUUCAGAUGUCAGCCUGGUUUUGUUAUGAAAGGGCCCAACACUGUGCAAUGCCAGGCCAACAAUACAUGGGUGCCUGAGCUGCCAAGCUGCUCCAGGGUUUGUCAGCGGCCUCCAGAAAUCCGGCAUGGCCAGCACAGCCCCAGCGACAAGGACAGCUUUUCCCCUGGGCAGGAGGUGCGCUACAGCUGUGAGCCCGGCUAUGACCUCAGAGGGGCCGCCUCCCUGCGCUGUACGCCCCAGGGGGACUGGAGCCCGGCCGCCCCCACAUGCACAGUGAAAUCAUGUGCUGCCUUCCUGGACCGACUUCCUAAUGGCCGUGUGCUCUCUCCACUUACCUUCGAGCUUGGAGCCAAAGUGUCCUUCGUUUGUGAUGAGGGGUUCCGAUUAAAAGGCAGCUCUGUUAGCCAUUGUGUCUUGGUCGGAAUGAAAAGCCGUUGGAGCAGCAGUGUCCCUGUGUGUGAACAAAUCUUUUGUACAAAUCCUCCAGCUAUCCUUAAUGGAAAACACACAGGAACUUCUCUGAGAGUCAUUCCCUAUGGAACAGAAAUAUCUUAUACAUGCGACUCCCACCCAGACAGAGGGACGACCUUCAGUCUCAUUGGGGAGCGCACCAUCCGCUGCACCAGUGACAGUCAAGGGCACGGGCUCUGGAGCGGCCCUGCCCCUCGCUGUGAACUUUCUGGUCAAUGCCAAGCCCCGCCAUAUCUUCCAUCUGCCAUGCCCACAACACUGACUGAUGAGGCUGAGUUUCCCAUUGGAACAUCUUUACAGUAUAAAUGCCGCCCUGGUUACCAGAGGAGAGUUUUCUCUAUCAUCUGCCUAAAAAACUCAGUCUGGUCAAGCCCUGCAACCUGUACCCGUAAAUCAUGUGGAACUCCUUCCGAGCCCAUAAAUGGCAAAAUGGAAAUAACUGGAGAAGCCAAGUUUGGAUCAAGAAUUAAUUAUUCUUGUAAUGAAGGAUACCAACUCAUUGGUGAAGCGUCUAAUUAUUGCGCCAUCGUAGGCAAUACUGUCGCCUGGGAAAAUCAAGUACCUGUUUGUCAGAUUAUUCAAUGUAAGACACCACCAACCAUCACCAACGGAUUUUUCGUUAGCUACAGCGGAGACGAUUUUCCAUACGGAAUAGUGGUGACCUAUCACUGCAAUGACAGAAAAGGAAGGGAAAAGUUUGAACUCGUGGGCGAAAAGUCAAUAUAUUGCACCAGCAAAGAUCAAGUGGGCCUCUGGAGCGGCCCUGCCCCUCAGUGCAUCGUACCUAAUAAGUGCACGCCUCCGCAUGUUGAAAAUGGAGUAAGGGAGUCUGAGAACAGAAGCUUGUUCUCCUUAAAUGACAUCGUGAGCUUUAGGUGUCAGCCUGGCUUUGUCAUGAAAGGCUCCUCCAGUGUGCGCUGCCAGGCCCCAAACAGAUGGGAGCCCGAGCUGCCCAGCUGCUCCCCGGGAUGUCAGCGGCCUCCAGAAAUCCUGCAUGGCCAGCACAGCCCCAGCAACAAGGACAGCUUUUCCCCUGGGCAGGAGGUGCGCUACAGCUGUGAGCCCGGCUAUGACCUCAGAGGGGCCGCCUCCCUGCGCUGUACGCCCCAGGGGGACUGGAGCCCGGCCGCCCCCACAUGCGCAGGGAAACCAUGUGCUGCCUUCCAGGACCGACUUCCUAAUGGCCGUGUGCUCUCUCCACUUACCCUCGAGCUUGGAGCAAAAGUGUCCUUCGUUUGUGAUGAGGGAUUCCAUCUACAAGGCAGCUCUGCCAGCCAUUGUGUCUGGGUGGGAAUGGAGAGCCUCUGGAAUAGCAGUGUCCCUGUGUGUGAACAAAUCCUAUGUCCAAAUCCUCCAGAUAUUCCUAACGGAAGACACACAGGAAAACCUCUGGAAAUCUUUUCUUUUGGAAAAGAAGUAACUUACACAUGUGAUCCCCAACCAGACAGAGGGAUGAACUUCAGUCUCAUUGGGGAGAGCACCAUCCGCUGCACAAGUGACAGUGGAGGGAACGGGCUCUGGAGCGGCCCUGCCCCUCGCUGUGAACUUUCUGGUCCUGCCGCAUGCCCACCUCCACCCAAGGUGCACAAUGGGCGUCACACUGGAGGACGUGUAUCUCCAUAUCUUCCUGGGAUGAUCGUCAACUACACCUGUGACCCAGGCUACCUGUUGGUGGGGAAAGGCUUCAUUUUAUGUACACAUGAGGGAACCUGGAGCCAUGUCUACCAUUAUUGCAAAGAGGUAAAAUGCAGCCUCCCAAAGUUUACGAAUGGAAUCUGGAAGGGGUUGGACAUGAGGCAAGAAUUUCGAUUUCGAGAUACUGUAACCUUGGUGUGUAAAGAUGGAUAUACUCUGGAAGGCAGUCCCCGGAGCCAGUGCCAGGCAGAUCACACAUGGGACCCUCCUCUGGCCACAUGUACUAGUGCAUCUGGCCGACGCAAUGCUCGCAUUAUUGGCAUAUCCUCCAGUGUGGUCAUCUUUAUUAUACUCGUCAUUAUUUCCUGGAUGAUUCUAAAGCGCAAAAAAUGCAGUAAUACAGAUGCAAAACCUAAGGAAGUCAAUAUCCAUUUACAUCACCAAGAAGACAGCUGUGAUCAUGGGAAAAGUCUGCAAACAAAUGAGGAACAUAGCAGAUCCCUAAUACCAAAGCCGUUGGAAAGUACUUCAGGAGCUGGAUACACUGCUGCUGGUGGUGUCUUUCUUGGAUAAUUGUUUCCAGUGACUUGGGUGUCCCUCCUUGACAACAUACUAUAAAACUGAAGAACAUCUCAAAUGAAAAUGCUCAUUGGAAAGGAGCCAAUUCAUUUCAACAGAAUAAGAUCUGAGACUCAUAAAGUCCUUGAAGUGACCUCACAGAGCGGCCAGCGUGUGCACAUGGAGAUGCUGGCUGUCACUCCAUCUUCCUUCUUUGUGCUGAAAUGAAAGAACGCCCUGUCGAGCCAGGGGAAGGACUGCACUUAGGGCUUAGAAGCAAUCUCAGUUACUUAAAGGAAGAGUUGUCACCUAGGAUUUCUGUCUAUAAGUUUGUCAUUUUUCUUUCAUAUUUUUAACUAUUCAUAUAGGUGAUCUUGAACAAUGUGGGGGUUAAGUGGUGCCAUCUGAAUGAAAAUUCUUUUUAUGAUUAGCCAUUUGCUAAAUCCUGCAUGUAACACCCCAGGAUACAGAGGGGCAACUGUAUAGUUACUGAAAAAUAUUCACCCAUGCAGUUCAGACUCUUGUUGUUCAAGUGUUAAGUGUAAUAUGGAAUGGACUCAAAAAGAGAAUUUGGAAAAUGCAGGAGGAAGAUACAAAAAACAAAUAAGUCAGAUAUAAUUAUACUCCUCAGGGAUAAUGACUGCUAAUGUUUCAAUUCACUUUCUGCUAAUUUUUCUUCAUAUAUAUGGGUCUUUAUACACACAUAUGUCUUUCUUUCUUAAAUACCUUCUUUUCUGUUUGUAGAGCAGAAUCCAUUCCUUUUAGACAGAUUGGAGUAAAAGAUAUGUAUGUUUUCACUUUCUCAAAAAAUAUAUGUCAUUUCUGUUUCUUAAAAAGUCAUUAGAUGAUUAUAGAAAAGAUGGCUUAAGAAUACUCAAGAGAAAUAUUUGGGUGGAAAAUAAACUUUGGAUAUUUCCUAAAAUCUAUUUCAAAAGUACUUUGUACUAUGCUCUGUUUAAGAAACAUACUGAAUUUUAAAUAACAGUAAAUUUUUUAUAUAAAAGUAA